AUGUCUUCCUCCACCAUGCGCGCAUGGGUAUACACCCAGUCGGGGCUACCCUCAACAAUCCUGACACCGACAACCACCUUCCCCGCGCCCACGGCCUCCUCCCUCGGCGCCAAUGACCUCCUCGUCGAGGUCGACUACGUCUCGCUGAACGCCAUCUGCACGGCCAUGAUGCGCGCCCUGCCCCCGCAGCCCUUCUCCCUCGGCCUCCCUUUCCGUCGCCGCAUCGCCGUCCCCGAGUUCGAGUUUAGCGGACGCAUCCUCGCCACAGGAUCGCAGGUCGCCACCACCCGACCCGAACUGACCCCCUCCACGCGAGUCGCGGGCUGCGUCUCCGAGCAGGAAGUCUUCGGCACAGGGAAGGGCGCGCUGGCCGAGCGAUUGAUCGCGCCUGCUAGCCAGGUCAUCGCACUGGCCGGUUCCAGCCCACCGCUACAGCCCUCACCCUCGCCCUCAGCCCGAUCUCAAUCCCAAUCCCAAUCUCACCCCACAACUCCACCUGCACCUUCUUCCUCACCUUCACCGAAACCAGAACCACUAUCACCGCAAGAAUCCUCCGGCCUCACCGGCUGCGGCUGCACAGCCAUCCAAACCCUGGACCUCACCCGCCUAAUCGCAGGGGACAAACUCCUCGUGAACGGCGGCAGCACGAGCGUGGGCAUGCUCACAAUCCAAAUCGCACGACACAUCCUGGGCCCAACCGGCACGAUCGUGGCCACGUGCUCAUCGCGCAACGCGGACCUCCUCGCCUCGCUCGGCGUCGACGAGGUCAUCGACUACGUCGCGCACGCCCCGCUGCACGCGUAUCUCCGCGCGCACCACUCGCUCUCUCCCUCUCCCUCCUCUUCUCCCUCCUCACCCUUCGCAGCGGAAUCUCGUCCCUUCGACGCAAUAAUCGACUGCAUCGGCGACACCACCCUCUACCACCACUGCGCAGCAUACCUCGCCGAAGGCAAACCGUUCAUCAAUCUGGGGCAGAUGAACGCCGCCCCGGGGUUCUGGGGGCAGAUGGCGUGGGCGUGGGAGCAGGUGGCGUGCCGGUUUUGGCCGGUCGUGCUGGGGGGCGUGCCCCGGGGGUAUCAGUUCUAUAGCGGGCGGCCGCGGGCGGAGGAUAUGGGGCGGGUGAUGCGGUUGGUGGAGGCUGGGGUGGUGCGGGUGGUGGUGGAUUCGGUGUGGGGGUGGGGCGAGGUGCCGAAGGCGUAUGAGAGGAUGGAGAGUAAGAGGGCGAGGGGGAAGGUUGUUGUUCGGGUGCGGGAGGGGGCGGCGUGA